UUUGGGCCAGAAGGAUACCUACAUGUACACUCUGUAGCAUUCUUCUGGCCCAAAGAAGACUUUCCAAGAAGCAAAACUGACUUCAUUUACCUUCAGAAAGGAACAAACUCGGUUUGUAUAAAGAAUGCCUGAAUGAUGGUGUCCCCAAGGAGAAAAACAACCAAAGUUAAACACAUGGAACCACAAAACCAAACCAGUGCAUCUGAAUUCAUCCUCUUGGGACUUUCAGAAAAGCCAGAACAUGAGCCUGUCCUCUUUUCUCUGUUCCUCUGCAUGUAUGUUAUCACAGUCGUGGGCAACUUGUUGAUCAUCCUUGCCAUCAGCUCUGACUCUCACCUCCACACUCCUAUGUAUUUCUUCCUGGCCAAUCUCUCCUUGGUUGAUUUCUGUUUGGCUACCAAUACUAUUCCCAAGAUGCUGGUAAAUAUUCAAAUCAGGAACAAGUCUAUCUCCUAUCCUUGUUGUCUGACCCAGAUGUACUUUUUCCAUUUUUUUGGCAUCAUGGACAGUGUCUUAAUAGCUGUGAUGGCUUAUGACAGAUUUGUGGCCAUUUGUCACCCAUUACAUUAUUCUACUAUCAUGAGUCCACGGCUGUGUGGACUGCUGGUUGGUGGUCCAUGGGUGUAUUCCUGUUUCAUCUCCCUCACUCAUAUCCUCCUCAUGGCUCGUCUGGUAUUCUGUGCAAAAAAUGAGCUCCCCCACUACUUCUGUGAUCUCACCCCACUUCUCCGACUUUCAUGCACAGACACAACAGUAAACAAGAUCUUUGUGCUCAUUGUGGCUGGAAUGGUAAUAGCCACACCUUUUGUCUGUAUUCUGGCCUCCUAUGCUCGAAUCAUUGUGGCCAUCAUGAAGGUCCCCUCUGCAGGUGGUAGAAAGAAAGCAUUUUCUACCUGUAGCUCGCACCUCUCUGUAGUAGCCCUUUUCUAUGGGACCACCAUUGGAGUCUAUCUGUGUCCCUCCUCUGUCCGCACAGCUGUGAAGGAGAAGGCUUCUGCAGUGAUGUACACAGCAGUCACCCCCAUGCUGAACCCCUUUAUCUAUAGCUUGAGGAACAGAGACCUGAAGGGAGCCCUGAAGAAGAUCAUUAACCGAAAAAUCAGCACAUCCUCCUGAUCAUCAAUCAAAACAUUGUGGAAUUUCAUGAUAGCAGAAUCUAAGGAUCUGAGUUCUUCAACUAAGUUGAAAUUUCUUGCAAGGAAAGAGUAACUACUUUAAAUUACGAAUUACAGAAACCCAAGUGGCAAUGUAUAUGGGCCUUUUAACCAUUGUCUCACUCUAGUUGUUUUUUAUUGCCAGUUUGGCAGAGCCUGGGAUCUCCUGGAAAGAGGGACUCUCAACUGGAAUGUUGCCUAAGUCCCCAAUUGGUUUGGGGGCAUGGUGUGUAGAAUUAACUUAAUUGCUAAUUGAUGUAAGAAAGUCCAGCCCAUGAUUCCUGGUACCAGCCAUAAGCCUGUGAUCCAGGGCUGUGUAAAGAAGCUAGCUAAACACAAUAAAAAUGAGGCUUCCAGCAAG